AUGAGCCACAUCAUGCCUCACAGCCGAGCGCGGCGCGGAGCUGCCCGCGGAGCCGCCGCGGGGGCUCGGCCGCCGCCGCCGCCGCUGGGCCCCGAGGAGGUGGCGAGGCGCCUGGCGAGCACCCACCGGGAGCUGAGCAACAGGCGCAAGAUCCUGCUGAGGAACCUGCCGGCCGAGAGCAGCAGCCAGGAAAUCCAUGACUUAUUUAAAGAUUAUGAAAUCAAGUAUUGUUAUGUGGACAGAAAUAAAAGAACAGCGUUCGUUACUCUGUUAAAUGGAGAGCAGGCUCAAAACGCGAUUCAGAAAUUUCACCAGUAUUCUCUUCGGGGAAAAGAAAUAUCCGUGCAACUCCAACCAACGGAUGCUUUGCUGUGCAUUACUAAUUUGCCCACUUCAUUUACGUUAGAAGAGUUUGAAGAACUUGUGCGUGCGUAUGGCAAUGUCGAGAGGUGUUUUUUGGUCUAUAAUGAAGUUACUGGCCAUUCAAAGGGCUAUGGCUUUGUGGAAUAUAUGAAGAAGGACUCUGCUGCAAAGGCGAGACUGGAACUUCUGGGGAAACAGUUAGACGAGAGCACUCUCUUUGCACAGUGGAUGGAUGUGAACCAGCUGACGACAAAUCUUAUUCACUCCAAGUGCCUUUGUGUAGAUAAAUUUCAAAAAGACUACGUUGAUUCAAAAGAACUGAUCCAAGCUUUCUCACUAAAGUAUAAACCUGUUUUCUGCCAGUUUGCUCAGGAUGAAGACAGCUACAUUGGUGACUUUGCGGUGGUUGAGUACGAAACUGCAGAGCAGGCUGAGAAAGUACAAGAAGUCACCGACGGCAUGACUAUCAAAGGGAAGAGAGUCCAGGUGUCGUACUGUGCUCCGGGAGCGCCAGGCAGAAGCACGUUGGCAGCACUUAUAGCAGCGCAAAGGAUGAUGAGGAACAAUAGGAAAGGCUUGCUUCCAGAGCCAAAUCCAGUGCAGAUUAUGAAAAGUUUUAAUAAUCCAGCAAUGUUGCAAAUGCUACUGCAGCCACAGUUGCGUGGACAUGCUGUUAAACCUGUUCUUGGAGCAUCUGCAGGUUUACCUCACCUUAUAAAUUCAGCAGUUGGCCCACCUUUUUUGCAGUUGAAUAAAAUUCAUCAGAGCUCCAUUCUGGGGAGUACAUCUAACUUGCUGCUGCAGAGCCCUGCUCACCUACCAUUGCCACAGCAGCAACUGAUGAAGAUUGAAAACAUUCAGGCUAAUAAUAAACCGGGUUUGCUGGGAGAACCUCCAACAAUGCUACUUCAGACAGUACUGGGAAUAGGGGUAAUGCCAUCAGUGAGUUCAGGCAUGGGAACCCGUGGAGAAGCUCUUAAGUCAGCAGCAGCAGGGAUGGGCAUGCUGCCAUUCUUUCCGAAUCAGCACAUUGUUGGACAAGCUAUACCAGGGCAAAAUAACGCUCCAGAUAAACAAUCGACUGCCGAAGCGGUUGUCUCGGGAUCACAGCCUUAUCAUCAGACCUUAACAAAUCUUUCUGCGGGAGCUUUGCGGGCUGGACAUACCAAACAACAAAAUCAACUAAAAAGUACUGAUACAAGUUUGGGGACUCCCUUGAAAAAACAGACUUCACUGCUAGGAGAACCACCAAAAGAAAUACGUCUUAGUACCAACCCCUACUUGAAUUUGGCAAGUGUGUUGCCUGGUAUAUGUCUUCCAGCAAUUGCCAGCAAAGCCUCUAGUCCAUCGCAGCAGACUGGACUUUCGAACAACAUCGUGGAUGCUGCUGUGUCUCAGGGAACUACAUCACAACAUGCAAUGGAAAAUUAUUUUAAUUACUCCCAACAGCAUGGGGAGUACACACAGGAGGCUGUUCAGCAGUGGUAUCAGCAUUAUGCUCAGGCAUAUAACUCUACCCAGGCAAGAGUCGGUGAAUUUGAAAAUGAAGCCUCUGAGGAAUCUACAGGUGGAUCUUCCCCAGACUACAGUACCUGCUUGCAGGUCAUGCCUACACUUUACAGUGGAGCCCAGGGAUCAUACCAGCCAGGCAGCUUGCAGCUUCCUCCACAAACCCCAUUAAAUAAGGUGGCUCCAACGAGAAGCGAGAAGCGAGGCUCUUCGUACCUCAUUUCCUCCCCAGAACCUGGCCCCGUGGAGUACCUUGGCCAGCAGACUCAGGGCUCCGCAGUACGUUACGGAGAAUCCUCGCUUAAAAAAAAGCGCGUUUAUUGAGACCUAAAUAAUCGCUCCUGCCUUAGGGUGUGAAGGCAGGCUUUUCGUACCUCUGCUAUUUAUUGCUGCCUUAACUUCAGACAAAUAAUAUUCUUUCUGUGUGGGUUAUAAAUAUCCCAAGAGGAACAGCCUCUGUAACGGGCAGCUUUGCCAAGGAAACGGUACGUAUUGCUACGAGGUUAGCCGUUUGGCGGUGGUCUGACUUGCCUUCUGAAAGGAGGGGAUGGUGUUUCCUUUGUCGUCUGCCACUGAAAGUAACAGUGGGCUGAAGCUGACAAAGCAAAAAGUAACAACUUGGUGAGUUUGGGUAGCUUACCGGCCAAAAGCAAUAAAAAAUACUGGGGUGGGAAGGCUGAUCCUUUCUCUAGUCCUCAGACUGAGGAAGUUAAAAGAUGAAGUCUUGAUAGUAAGUUUUUCUUAUUUUUUUAACUCAGAAUGUGGGUUUUUUUCAAUCUUACUUUUUCCAGGAUUAAGAGUUCUGCAUUUACAGCCUUUAUAUUUUUAAUAUUUCCUCUUAAUCCUGAAAUGGAGAUAUACCAAAUGUAUUACCAGAGCCUUUGUGAUGUUUUCAAUAAAUGUUUGUUAAAAGUAAGAUGCUAUACUGUGUGCUGCCUUGCAAUAUUAAAUUCGAUUUGGAUAGGUGAUACUUGGACAACAAAGUAACCUUUAUCUGCUUCUAGGCCAAGAAUCCACAGCUUUUCCUUGGAAUAAGUAAGUUGCAGUUUGUGACUGCAUCCGCGUAAAACAGUGUUUGUGGCAAAGCACUGUCCUCCUUCCACCAGGCACGCGCGUCAGUGAGGCAGGGCUGCUGGCAGCACUUCAGGUGGUGGAGCGUUGUUAAAGAUAACCGAAAGUGGAAGAAAUCACCUGCCUGUUGUACUUGUUCUGACUUCUUCUGGGUCGGGAUGAUUCAGAGUUAGAGCAGAAGCAAUACUGACGUGCUCCUCGGAUGACGUCUUUAAUCCUGCCUUCCUGCUCUUCACUGUCUUUUUUUUCUUUUUUCCCCAAGCAUCUUAACUUUUGCAAUCUGCUGCACUCCAAAGCCUGCUAGAGCGAGCAUCCGGUUUCCCUCCUCCUUCCAUAGUACCUUUUGCAUGAAGUAGUUCUCACAAGAAGGAAAAGAUAUUUACUCACUCACCUGUCCCAGGUGUACGGUACGGGCUCACACCCAGACACCGUGAACCGUGGCAGCCCGCCUGCGUGCCUGUGAGUGCAGCCUGCCGGCGUCGGCACGGCCCGGGGCCCGUCGCCCAGCCUGGGGCCGAGCAGAUGGCACCGCACAGCCAGCCCUUCCCAGCUUGAUUGGAUUUCUGGCUUUUUUUUUUUUUUCUUUUAAAGCCAGACUUUGUAUUUUUAGCUUCUUCAUUAAGCAACUCGGGCUAGAGUCUUUUCUUUUCUGCUGUUAAUCCUUGUAGCUGAAGACUGAGAAAUCAGUACUUUAGAAAUCAAUGUUUGUGACAGAUAAAUUAUGAGCCAGCCCUCUGUGCCAGACAGUGUGGAUUUGCUGCCUUGGAAUCCUGUUGCGAAUUCAUUUGGACUGAAUUCACCAAAUUCCAGGUCCUUCUUAAUCUUGCUAGAUAAUACUGAAGCCAUUUUUCAAUACUGAUUUUUUUAUUAAAAAAAAAAAAGUCUUAAACUUUGCCUUUCAAGCUUUGUGAUGUGACCAGGACACACAUUUUCAAAGCUUAAAAACCCCACCCAACACACUGAAA